GAAGAUAGCACUGUUUGACAAGAUGUGGCAGUACAUGAAGUCAGCAGAGCCGUCUCCGUUUGUGAAGAAGACAGCGGAGGGGGUGCUGAGAGUCAGGAAGUCCAAGGGGAAGUACGCGUACCUUCUGGAGUCCACCAUGAACGAGUACAUCGAGCAGAGGAAACCCUGCGACACCAUGAAGGUGGGAGGGAACCUGGACUCUAAAGGAUAUGGCAUCGCAACGCCAAAGGGUUCCCCAUUAAGAGUGCCAGUAAACCUAGCGGUGUUGAAACUCAGUGAACAAGGAGUCUUAGACAAGCUAAAGAACAAGUGGUGGUACGAUAAAGGGGAAUGUGGAACCAAGGACUCAGGAAGUAAGGAGAAGACCAGUGCUCUGAGCCUCAGCAACGUAGCAGGUGUGUUCUAUAUCCUGGUUGGAGGGCUGGGUCUGGCCAUGCUGGUAGCCCUGGUGGAGUUCUGCUACAAGUCCCGGGCCGAGGCCAAGAGAAUGAAGGUGGCUCAGAACACACUGCACCUGGCUCAGAGCGCCCACAACCAGAACACCCUCCCCUCCUCCUCCUCCUCUCACAACUCACACAACUUUGCUACUUAUAAGGAAGGCUACAACGUGUACGGAAUGGAAAGUAUGACAUUUACAGAUGCCAUGCGGAGUAAGGCCAGGCUGUCCAUCACGGGAUCCUCUGGGGAGAACGGGCGUGUUCUGACCCCUGACUUCUCUCACCCUCCUGACUUUCCCCGCGUCCCCUACCUCCGACCAGGACUACCCAUGAGCCUCAGCAUGACUGACCUCUCCUGACCACUCCCUCACAGUGCCUUACAGCCAAUCAGAUCACAGAGAGCUGCCGGCCAACUCCACAUCAACCCAUCACGUUUUUCAGAGGACUGGACUUCCUUCCCGCCCUCUUCUCUGAUUGGGCAGACAGCUCUGGGCUGGUGAUGUCAUCACUCUUCCCCUCUAAUCUCUCCCGGGAAGUGAAAACAACCAACCACGGCACACCUAUCCAUUUCCAUAGUGACCAGCUCUGAUUCAAGCACACGAGACUUCAGCUGCAUCAGACGCGAUUUUAUAAAGCAAGUUGUUCAACUUCACAGGGGAAAUAAUUAUAUUUUUUAAGUAUUUUCAAAAGCUUCCAUUUAGUAGAGUGAGUCAAUAUGAUCGCCUGUAUACUCCGACUUCACUACCGCUCUGUACAUAGGACUAGUUAUAACAAUAAUAAUAACUAUAAUGUUAUAUUAAUUAUAUGAAUAAUAACUAUAAUAAUGAUAAUAAUAAUGCUUGCUCUGAACCCUAACCCCUGUUUUUACUAGAGACCUAGUUUGACCUCUGAACCCUAACCCCUGUUUUCACUAGAGACCUAGUUUGACCUCUGAACCCUAACCCCUGUUUUCACUAGAGACCUAGUUUGACCUCUGAACCCUAACCCCUGUUUUCACUAGAGACCUAGUUUGACCUCUGAACCCUAACCCCUGUUUUCACUAGAGACCUAGUUUCACCUCUGAAUCCUAACCCCUGUUUUCACUAGAGACCUAGUUUGACCUCUGAACCCUAACCCCUGUUUUCACUAGAGACAUAGUUUGACCUCUGAACCCUAACCCCUGUUUUCACUAGAGACCUAGUUUGACCUCUGAACCCUAACCCCUGUUUUCACUAGAGACCUAGUUUGACCUCUGAACCCUAACCCUUGUUUUCACUAGAGACCUAGUUUGACCUCUGAACCCUAACCCUUGUUUUCACUAGAGACCUAGUUUGACCUCUGAAUCCUAACCCCUGUUUUCACUAGAGACCUAGUUUGACCUCUGAACCCUAACCCCUGUUUUCACUAGAGAAAUAGUUUGACCUCUGAACCCUAACCCCUGUUUUCACUAGAGACCUAGUUUGACCUCUGAACCCUAACCCUUGUUUUCACUAGAGACCUAGUUUGACCUUUGAAACCUAACCCCUGUUUUCACUAAAAACCUAGUUUGACCCUAAAACAACAGAUGGCACUGAGGCCAGAAACUAAAAAUAGACAUAUAUGGCCCAUGAACAACAGACUUUGGUCUUUAUAUGGACAAAAGACAGUGCCAUAAUAUAGUACCAAUGCCAAGUACAGGAGAGUGCCAAAAGAGGAACUUGAACCAAUCAGCUGGUUCAGCCAAAAGAGGAACUUGAACCAAUAAGCUGGUUCAGCCAAAAGGGGGACUUGAACCAAUAAGCUGGUUCAGCCAAAAGGGGGACUUGAACCAAUAAGCUGGUUCAGCCAAAAGGGGGACUUGAACCAAUAACAUGUUCAGCCAAAAGGGGGACAUGAACCAAUAACAUGUUCAGCCAAAAGGGGGACUUGAACCAAUAAGCUGGUUCAGCCAAACGGGGGACUUGAACCAAUAAGCUGGUUCAGCCAAAAGGACUUGAACCAAUAAGCUGGUUCAGCCAAAAGGACAAGAACCAAUGAGCUGGUUCAGCCAAAAGGACGAGAACCAAUAAGCUGGUUCAGCCAAAAGGACUUGAACCAAUAAGCUGGUUCAGCCAAAAGGACAAGAACCAGUGAGCUGGUUCAGCCAAAAGGACGAGAAUCAAUAAGUGGGUUCAGCCAAAAGGACUUGAACCAAUAAGCUGGUUCAGCCAAAAGGACGAGAAACAAUAAGCUGGUUCAGCCAAAAGAGGGAGUUGAACUAAUAACCAGCUAAUGCACAGUGACUCCCUCUAAAUUCCUGAUUACUUUACUACUGAACUCUGAUGAAGAUGAUGGUGGUGGUAAUGAUGAUGGUGAUGAUGAUAAUGGUAAUGGUGAUGAUAAUGGUAAUGAUGGUGGUAAUGAUGCUGAUAAUGGUAAUGAUUUUUGAUGAUAAUGGUAAUGAUGAUGAUGAUAAUGGUAAUGACGGUGAUGGUAAUGAUGGUGGUGAUGACGAUGAUGGUGAUGAUGAUAAUGUGUUUACUGUGCUCUACAAGCAGGACUAGUAGGGACAUGCAUGAUGGUGAUGAUGAUGGUAAUGAUGAUGAUGAUGAUGGGACAUGCAUGAUGGUGAUGAUAAUGGUAAUGAUGCUGAUAAUGGUAAUGAUGAUGAUGAUAAUGGUAAUGAUGGUGAUGAUGAUGGUGAUGAUGAUGAUGUGUUUACUGUGCUCUACAAGCAGGACUAGUAGGGACAUGCAUGAUGGUGAUGGUAAUGAUGAUGAUGAUGAUGGGACAUGCAUGAUGGUGAUGAUGAUGGUAAUGAUGAUGAUGAUGAUGAUGAUGAUG